GUAUCCAACUUUCCCUACAAGCAUCCAUAGGCAGACGAAGGGUUUAUACCAGUAACUGCAUUCCCCAGGAGACAAGAAAGGAGGAUAGAAAAACGACUUAGGAAUCUCCUUGGAGCUCAAGACCAGGAACUUCCCCAAGCCGGAGGUCCCUGCGGCGCUCUGGCGCGCUGGUCGCACUCGCAGCCCAGGUCGCCAGUGCGCACGCGCAAGAUUAGGUGGGGCGCCAGAGCCGGGGCACCUGCGCAGGCUUGGCUGCGCCCUCUCGCGCCGCACGCUCUGCGGGUUCCUCCCUUCUUCCGAGCUUCUCUGGCCGCCGCGCGGGAGAGAGGACGAGAUGGCAGAUGAGAUUGCCAAGGCUCAGGUCGCUCGGCCUGGUGGCGACACGAUCUUCGGGAAGAUCAUCCGCAAGGAAAUACCAGCCAAAAUCAUUUUUGAGGAUGACCGGUGCCUUGCUUUCCAUGACAUUUCCCCUCAAGCACCAACACAUUUUCUGGUGAUACCCAAGAAACAUAUAUCCCAGAUUUCUGUGGCAGAAGAUGAUGAUGAAAGUCUUCUUGGACACUUAAUGAUUGUUGGCAAGAAAUGUGCUGCUGAUCUGGGCCUGAAUAAGGGUUAUCGAAUGGUGGUGAAUGAAGGUUCAGAUGGUGGACAGUCUGUCUAUCACGUUCAUCUCCAUGUUCUUGGAGGUCGGCAAAUGCAUUGGCCUCCUGGUUAAGCAUGUUUUGGGGAUAAUUUUCUCUUCUUUAGGCAAUGAUUAAGUUAGGCAAUUUCCAGUAUGUUAAGUAACACACUUAUUUUUGCCUGUGUAUGGAGAGAUUCAAGAAAUAAUUUUAAAACCGCAUACAUAAUAAAAGACAUUGUUGCGUGGCUUAUA